UCCAGUCUUUGUCUGGAUGACAGUAGUGCUCUAUUGGCUGAAAUCCAGUAACUGAAACUGAGAACUUCAUUCACUAAACCUAGGCAUACAUUUCGAAGAAUUUUAAUGACAUUUAAUAGCUUAUAUUUAACACUACUAAGUACAAUACCAACACUUCACUUAGCUCUAUUACACCAGUCACCGAGCAGCUGCUCCUUCUCCAACAUAGACUCCAGAGUAAAUGGCUGCGAUCCACAGGAUACAUCUGCAAUAUGGUGCAAUGUUUUUUGCAUUGCUGGGCUGUGUGCUUACCUGCGUUAGUACUUUUGUGCCUCUCUGGAAGAAUCUGAACCUAGAUCUGAAUGAACUGGAAAUGUGGAACAUGGGACUAUGGCAGACUUGCAUAAUCCAAGAUGAAGGUCCUACCGAGUGCAAGGAUUUUGAUUCGUUUUUGGCAUUGCCAUUUCCACUUAGGAUGUCUAGAAUCCUGAUGUUUCUCUCAGACGGCCUGGGGAUUAUUGGUCUCUUAGUGUCAGUCAUGUGCUUGGAUUGCUUAAAGACUGGAGAAAUGGACAACAAAAGGAAAUGUACCAUUUUUGGAGGAACAUUGUUCUGGGCCUCGGGUAUCACUGCACUAGUUCCAGUCUCUUGGAUGGCUUAUGAUAUAGUCCAAGAAUUUUGGGAUGAAUCAAUCCCGGAAAUUGUCCCCAGGUGGGAGUUUGGAGAAGCUAUGUUCAUGUGCUGGUUUGGCUCAUUCUUCCUUAUGUUAGGGGGCUCAUUGUUGCUUUGCUCCUUGCUUUGUGUGGCUGAAAAACCAACUAUUCGGAGCUUGGAUAAAAAUACACUCAGACAACUAUAUGAACCUGCUUCUCAACCAAGCAGAUAUCCGGAUCUGAUCGUCUGAAGACCAUAGAACUUAGCAGAUACCCUGUUAUAACUAUAUACUCCUGGUGGACUUGGACGAAAAAAACUUUGAUCGAGUACUUAAAUAUUUGCAUAUAUAUUUAUAUUACACUGGAAACACACAUCCUGCACUGUAAGGAUGGGGAACUCAUCUUAUAUGUAUCUGUACUCAUUAGUAUAGUAGAUAUUAUACAUAUACUGUUGUGUGUUGUUUAGCAAAUUAAUAUUACAAAUCCCAGAAAUAAUGCAUGUUUUCAAAUGUUUAAUGUGAUGUUAUAACUGUAGUACUAUUUUAGUUGACAUUCACUUCUUAAGCAAAAGUUUAAUAUCAAAGCACUUUUUUGUAAAGUAUUUAUGCAGUUGCAUUAAGUAUGAUGUGGCUGCCCGGUUUUGUCAAUCUUAUUACAUUAUGGCAGAUUACAUGUACCCAAUCAAUACACUAAAUGCAAGAAAUACAAUACCUUUACACUUGUCUGGUACUCUUCCUUCAUGCACUGCUGGCUAUUAGGUCUCUCCUUGGUUGUGCAUGUUCAUGUAUUAGGAUAUUUGGUGAAGUGUGCUACUAUAAAUAAGUUAGCAGCAGCAGCAAUAAAAAGCAAUAGGUAUAAGUUAGCAGCAGUAGCAGCGUUUUUUGCUCUUGUAAACGGACACACAGGCCAGGCAUUUCAAUUGAUGCAGAUACAUUAAUCAUAGGACAUGCAGGCAGAAUAGAGCAUGACUUCUCAACAACUGCACACUAACAGCAUUAUUCAGCCGCAGUCAUCCAUCUAUUAUAUCACCCACACAUCACAUGUUACAGCACAGCCAUGUUAAUCCAUUUCUGAGAAAUGUAAUAUUACCUACAGUGUAUUAGCUGCCAGUGUUUUAAGGAGGCCAAAUACUUAAGUAUUGUUUGUGUAACCCUUUCCAGACUCAUGAUAAUCCAUCUCGAUCAAGGCAUAAUUCACUUGCACAAACCUGCACAGAUGCUGGUCGUGACACUAAGGUGUUUUCUCGUCUUAGAAGAGGGACAUGAUUGUUGGUGGAAUAUUUACAGAACUUACUCUGAUUAUCCAAGAGGGUCACAAAUAUUUCAAAGAAAGAAAGAAUGUUGCUUAUACUUGCCUACUUUUGAAAAUUAAUUUCAGGGAGAUUGUGAAAGAAGCACCUAUCAGUGCGGACGUGUACUGCUACAUCUGAGAGGCGUAUCAUAAAAAUGACUUAAAUCCAAAUAUAAAUGAGCCCCAAAGUUAGUAAGAUCUACUAGUUGAAGAAAAGACACUGAUAUUUUUCAGGAUUUAUUUGUGUAUUGUGUUUUACAAGAGGUUCCAUAUACUGUACUGUAAGUGGCCACGAGAAACCUUAUUUAAAAUGUAUGUAGCCAUAGGGAUCAUUGUGCCUUAUAACCAAUAAAGGGAAAUGGCACUGAUGAUCCCAUUUGAAUGUAUAUGUCUCUUGAUUUUUUUUUUAAUCCCAAGCAUAUAACAGCUACAUAAUGGGGGUAAGGUGCAAUCAGGGAGAUUGCUGGUCUAUUUAGGGAGUCAGGGAGAUUGCUGCUAUUUCAGGGAGUCUCCUGCAGAAUGCGGGAGGAUAGGCAACUAUGAUGUUGGUUCAAUAAAGCCAUGAACUGUUAAAGAUAGUGAUGUUCCACCAGAUUCCUUUUUCAGAUUAUUGAAUCUGUGGGUGCUACUGUCAUUUUCCAUUGACAUUUCAAUUAGAUAAAAAAUGUAGCGAAAAUAUAAUCAGAGUAAAAACAGGAAAUGGUCAGUAACAUCAUCCUGACAUAUUGAAGUAUUAAACUCAUUAUUUUAUAAAAUGUUGCUCUUCUUUAAUAAUAUCUUCCGGGUAUAUAUAGAAUUCAAAUGUCUAGCUAUCACAUCCAUCACAAACAUAUACUGCGCUACAAAACCCUUCACAGCCUCCAUCUAUGUACCCCCUCCCCCAACUGUUAUUACUCAAAAAUUGUUAUCAGCGCUUGUGGCUUAAACUUUUAUUUUCUAAAUAUCCCAGACCGUGUGAAAUGACGUUAUUUUCUUGCAUAUUUGU